GAGAUACAUUGUAGUCAUUAGGCAUCUGAGCAGAGACUCACCGAGACAUGAUCUGUCCACCGACUUCUGUGUAUGGAGGUCUCCUGUGUAUGAUGAUCAUAUCGGUGUCAUCAGGAACGGUGUAUAUACAGAGCGGAUCAGACAUCACUGACUGUAAUAUGAAGUGUCCUCAUGAAGAAGUGACUCUGGAGCUGUACAGAGAAUGCGGAGGGGUGGAGAAGACGUUGCUGGAACGUCACUGCUAUUACAAUCACACUAAAUCUCAUGACCCCAGAGUCCAACUGCACACAGGGAGCGGCUGCUGGAAGCUGACACAUGCCAGGAAGGAUGAUUCCUGUGUGUAUAAGAUUUGGUGUCACUGUGAUCCGGGAUAUGUCAUGUCCUCUACAGAGAUCCGUGUUCUGGAUCCGGUUCUCAUCUCCAGUAUAACCAGUACCGGGGGCCGGCUGGGUGAGGAGACGGCGGUGAGCGUCCAGUUCUCUGGAGAAGAGAGCGCUGUGACCUGGGAGGUGGACGGGGAGCCUCUCCCUGAAAGAUACCGGCUGAUAGAUGACAAUAGGACUCUGAUUAUCCCCGGUGUGCAGAGAGACGACGCCGAGAGGAGAUUCCGGGUCAGGAUCACAAACCCGGUCAGUGAGGAGAUCCGGGAAUACCGGCUGGAGGUCAGAGAUCUUCCAUCAGAUUAUACAAGAUCCCGAAUGUUUCUCAUUGUUCUUGGAUUGCUCGGUGUGAUUAUUGGGAUUAUCUGGGUGUUUCUGAUUUACUGCAGAAAAAAAGGUUUGAAGAGCAAUUGUAUCUAUAAAGAUGUGUCACUGUCAGAGGUCAGAUCAGUGCAACCCAUCCAGAAUGGAUCCAUACCCACCAAUGGUAUCUAUGAAGAUGUGCCACUGGCAAAGGAUGGAUCAGUGCCACCCAUCCAGAAUGGAUUCACACUCACCAUUGAUGUCCCUCAAGAUGUGCCACUGGCAGAGAACAGAUAUGUGCCACCCAUCCAGAAUGGAUACUUACCCACCAACAAGAUUGGAUCCCCACCUGCCAAAAAUGUUCAUCAAUUGAGGGAAAACAGGGCCCCCUACUCCAUGUAGAGCAGCUCACUAUCUACAUAGUUAGUCUGGCUGAAAAAGACACAAGUCCAUCUAGUUCAACCAAUAAAAGGGAAACAAAAAUAUACAA